GCAUGUACACAGCCAAAUAUCGAUUUAGUUUGGAAGAGGAAAAACGACCCCCGCGUCCAACACACCAGCCCCAAAGGCAGAGGGAGAAAUAGUAGUAGUAACGACAGUCCUUCACACAUUACGCAGCCAUUCGUCGGGGAAAACUCCAAGGUUUUGCAUAAAUAAAAAAACGAGAAGUGUCAACGCUGCGUGAGAAGAUAGAAGCUUAGAACGUGCAGCGCAAACGAAUCGAGUGAAAGUGCGAAAUUCAAGUCAGAAAAAUCAAAAUUCUCUGCGACUGGCGUUUGUUACAAUUUCUUCCAGUAUUAUCCACACACAAACACACACACAGCCUCACAGAGUGUCAGCCCCAGCAGAGAACUUAGUUAUCCACCCCCAACCGACAACUGCACGCCGCCAACCGCGUCGUUGACAUCAAACCACUGAGAGCAUCACUUGCACCACUUGCAGCAGCGACAGAGGCAGCAGCGGCAGCGCAGCAGCAGCAGCAGCUCCAUCAUUAACAGCAAAAACAUAAAAAGCAACGCGAUGGCUUUCGCUGGACUGAAGAAGCAGAUCAACAAAGCCAAUCAAUAUGUGACGGAGAAGAUGGGUGGUGCGGAGGGCACCAAGCUGGAUUUGGAUUUUAUGGACAUGGAGCGCAAGACGGACGUGACCGUCGAACUUGUGGAAGAGCUGCAAUUGAAGACGAAGGAGUUUCUGCAACCAAAUCCGACGGCACGGGCCAAAAUGGCAGCCGUCAAGGGCAUAUCGAAGCUAUCGGGACAGGCGAAAUCGAAUACGUAUCCACAGCCCGAGGGCCUGCUGGCCGAGUGUAUGUUGACUUAUGGUAAGAAGCUCGGCGAGGACAACAGCGUGUUCGCGCAGGCGCUCGUCGAGUUUGGCGAAGCGCUAAAACAAAUGGCCGACGUCAAGUAUUCGCUGGACGACAACAUCAAGCAGAACUUUUUGGAGCCGCUGCAUCAUAUGCAGACCAAAGACCUCAAGGAGGUCAUGCACCAUCGAAAGAAGCUGCAGGGCCGGCGUCUCGACUUUGACUGUAAGCGUCGCCGGCAGGCCAAAGAUGAUGAAAUUCGUGGUGCUGAGGAUAAGUUUGCCGAAUCAUUGCAAUUGGCACAGGUGGGCAUGUUCAAUUUGUUGGAGAACGAUACCGAACAUGUCUCACAGUUGGUGACUUUUGCUGAAGCACUUUACGAUUUUCACUCUCAAUGCGCCGAUGUGCUGCGUGGCCUGCAGGAGACGCUGCAAGAGAAGCGUGCCGAGGCAGAGAGCCGGCCACGCAAUGAGUUUGUGCCCAAGACGCUGCUCGAUCUGAACUUGGACGGCGGUGGCGGCGGCCUCAUUGAUGACGGCACGCCGUCCCACAUUAGCUCGAGCGCCUCGCCGUUGCCCUCGCCGAUGCGCUCGCCAGCCAAGUCAAUGGCCGUAACGCCGCAGCGCCAGCAACAGCCCUGUUGCCAAGCACUCUACGACUUUGAUCCCGAGAAUCCCGGCGAGCUUGGCUUCAAAGAGAACGACAUUAUAACUCUAUUAAAUCGCGUCGAUGACAAUUGGUAUGAGGGUGCCGUCAAUGGUCGAACCGGCUACUUCCCGCAGUCCUAUGUGCAGGUGCAGGUACCACUGCCCAAUGCCAACUAAAUCUGUAGAUGAAGAGCAUGAAUUAUAAUUAAAACUGAAUGUUGGUUUCGUCGUCAACGGCGACCAGUUUGGCAGCACAUGCAUACAAUACAUAUGUAGUAGUUGAUUAAAUGCGGAUUAAUACGGUUAUAGUUACGGUUACGGCUUAGCUAGCACAGCACAUUCAUUCGUGGCCAUAAACAGCAAUUGAAACAGCAAAUGCAACAUGCAACAUGCAACAUACAACAUACAACAAGCAACUAACAAAUAGCAAAUAGCAAAACAAGCAUAGCAAGCGAUAAGCGUUAAGUAACCAAAUUUAAAAGCGAAAUUUUACCAGUUGGCAACACAAUAACUAAUAAAUUAAUUACAAUUAAAUUAAAGUAUGUAAUUAUGUACUACUAUUUACUACAUUUUCAAAUUGUUCAAAUGCCGAAUAGAAGAUUUUCCAUGCGUUUUCCAGUAUGUCUGCAAUUGUUCGUUCAACUUUUGAAUUCAACAUUUUUUAUUAAUGCUAAAUCAACAAAAAAAAAAAACUAUUUCGAUUCAGAUAUGCAAAAUGUAUUUAUUAACACAAAAUUUUGGCAGAAUGUCAACUCAAUAUAUAAAUUAGAUAGAUAUACAUACAUACACAUAAUACAUGCAUAAAUAUGUUGCGAUUUUGCGAUGUUGCAAUUUUUCUGCUUUCUUAUAAAUUGAUCGUUGUAAUUUCAAGCUAAUUUCCAUUGCGCUCUCUAUGCAAAACGCUAUCUACCUACCUAACAGCAUAUACCUACUAGUAUACCUAUACCUAUUAUUAUUAUUGUAAAACUAUCCUAAAAAA